GGGACCCCUGAAAACGGUUACGGUUUGAUACGUACAACGAUCUUAUGUUCGGUUGGAUUUUUAUUUCUGUUUAUUUAUUAUUCUGAUGAUGUCCCUGCGCAUAAAGAAAAUUAUCUAGUUGAGCGUAUCUUGUAGCUCCUCUAUCCUCCCCUAUAUUUGUAAUACAAAGAGCACCACGUUCUAUGUCUAGUUCCGGUAUCAUUGAUGAGCUGCUCAUUGUUUCCUUUCUCUCAGUACCCACCCAAUAAACCCCAAAAUGAGCUUUAUAAGGAAGAAGGGGAAUUAAAAAUGGCCGAAAUGUUGAGAAAUUUAGGAUCCUAUUGGAAGACUGACGUUUUCCCUGGAUUACUACACUUAGACUCGAAUCAAAAUCAGGUAUCACUGGACGAUCACUUCAAGCGAGCUCAAGCCUUACGGGCUCAGGCCCAAAGCACCUUUGAGGCUUACGAACAAGGCCGUGGCAGCUUAAGAUACAAACGAGUUUUCCGUAUAGACGAAUAUGCAAUGACGUUAAUCUGGUCUUUACACAACGAUGUAGGCGCCCAAGUUCAGGACAUAGCUAUGAAAAUUCCCAUACAAAGAAACACCCCUACACAGAGUCUACAGGAACAGUGGUCCGGGAACCAACACCUUGUAGCGGCGCGCAAUGAUUAUGAUUGGAUGGAAGCCUUGCAGGGCCACGAGCACAUCGUACAGCUCGUUAAUAUGGAACCUCAUGUACGGUAUCGCGUAGGAACCACAUUCUAUAACACGACGAGCCAAAUUCCCAUUGUGAUCGUCAUGGAAGCGUUGCAGAAAUGCAGUCUUUUGGACCUUAUUGAAAGGAUCAAUCAUGCAAGAUGGUGGAACGAGACGCACCCAGAACCAGGGUACCAGCAUAGGUUGGAAUAUAUUCCAAACCGUAUACUAUGGAGACUUUUGCUGUGCAUGCUCAGAUCCAUAGCCGGCUUAGCCUAUCCUCGAUCCGAGGAUGUAGAAGUUUAUCGCGAAGGUAUACCAGCAAUGGAUACGGGGCCGCAACUCGCAAUACACGGCAAUAUUAACCCAUCAAACUUUCUUAUCGGAGAGAAAUCCAACCCAUAUGUUGACACAGAACAUGUCUUUAAUCCAACUCUUAAGUUGUUUAACUUCUCAACGGCGACGUUAUGGGAUGACUCUUGGAGCGACAUAACUAAGGAGUUGAAAAUUAAAAAUGGAAAUCCCACAUGGUUAGCACCUGAACAACUCGACCCAACCCGGGCGCGUGUAGAUCCGAUCGGACCGGCGCUGAACAUAUAUGGGAUUGGGAUUACUAUGUUCAAUCUCAUAACAUUAAGAACACCAAGCCGAGGCUGGUUACCUCGGUAUCGCGUAACUGAGCAGCCGCCUGCUACAUUUAGUACGUGGGGUUGGCCUUUACUACCAAGUACUGAGUACAGACCGUCGGAGCUCAUUGAGUUGGUCGAUCAUCAACUACGUAUUCUAGUUGCGCUUUGCAUGGCUGACAGCCCAAAUCAACGUCCGGACCUAGGAGCACUCCUUGAGACGACAAUAAUUAGAAUCGAACAAUUAGACAGACAAGAAGGGGAGGCCUCUCCGGACCCUGAAAGGUUUCCGGCUUUAAACGAAAGUGACGAUCUACUAACAAGAUUCUACGUUGAUUACUUCACUGACCCCCCCUUUCCGUCUGACCCGUACGAGGCAUACUGGGAAGGAGGGGAUGCAGCAUGGAAUCAAGUGGUCGGGCCGGCGCCAGGACCACAAUCGUACGGAUACCCGCCUUCUGGGCCUUCAGGGCAUCAGCCACAGGAUAAUACACAGCAGUAUUAUUCUGCUCUCAAGCCUGUAGCGCCUCGACAUCAGCGUAGACCACUCGCAACAGCUGCACCAAAGCAUGCAUCUCAACUUCCAACAGCUACUAAAACCAAACCGGUUCGACGAUAUCGUGUAGGUCGGUCUCCGUCGCCUGUACGGCCCAAAACACCCCCGCAAUCGCAACCGCAACCGCAACAGCAUACACCUAUAUACUCGUCGCCUAGCCCGCCUGCUGCUUCUGCUGCCUUACCCCCAUGGCGCAAUCCAAGGCGCAAACCCCGAUAUCCGUCUGCUCUGGAUUACUCAGAGACUAAGCAACAGAAAACGAUUAGUGAUGUGCGAAUGGCAGGCAUAGGAACAUCACCAGCAAGCGUGGGAGGGAAAACGACAAGCACGGUAGCGGCGAAGGGGAGUGUGGAACCGAUUACAAUAGGCAGUUCGCCGCUGCAAAGCGCUAGCUCGAUAGAGAUAGGUUUGGGAUGGUCCGGCUCAGAAGACGAUUACUCCGAUUUGGAGACCUUCAAAGAUGAAAUGCUUGCAGCAAUACAGAAAAUGCCAUCAAAGGAGGAAUCUCUCGUAGCAAAUCUAAGUGUAGAUUCGGUUACAGAUUCAACUUAUAGCCAAGUGCAGUCAGAAUUGAACCUGGUAGGACCAGACCGCCGAAAUGCCGGUGGUGGUGGACUCAAGAAGGUUUCAGGGAUACAGGAUUUACGGAGUGUAUACAUGACAAAAGGAAACGAGGACGAUAUAUAUGAUUAA